UAAUUGAUCUCUACUUAGUCAUCGCUGUUGAAGGAGUUCUUAUACUCGUACCUCAUUCUCAUAAAUAACUCCAAUUAUUACCAUCCGCCAUUCAUCUGUUGUCCAUAGGAAAGUGCCAAACGCGUUGGCCUUCUUCAUCAGUUUGAUAGCUUGUGCUUCGGCAUAGAGGAGAACUUAUAUUCACCGCCCGGAUUAGCCUCAACCUACAUUAAACAACCACUGCCGCCGUACCAUCGGCCUUGUAUGUUCAUCGUCAUUGUUGGCUUAUUUGUGUGUUUGAAUUCAUCCCUACCACCUCUCCUAUCUUUUCUCGACUCUGCACUGACUGCUAUCGUUUUGGUAGAACUUGUUUACUCUUGCGCAACAAGUCAACCACUCAGGCUCGCCCCUCACGAACCUUUGGGACAUAGAACUUCGAUAGAUGAAAUAAACCCAUUGGCGACUCCCGCUAUCUUUUAUGAAAACCUAACAACAUCGCACUAUCAAAUUACAACCAGGAGUUUCAAACUACAGCAGCAAAGAGCUACUGGCGAUCUCCAGCUGCGUAUCAACAAAUCGUUGCAAUUGAAUACACACCUUGUGCCAUACAACGAACGACAAACGAGAGUUGAGCCACUUUCAUCGAGUUAUUUACCGCAUCCAUACCAGGGGUCUUUCUAGCCUCCUGAAAAUAGGAUUGACACACAUUCACCACGGCAAGCUUAAAGUGGCGCGACCUGUCACUUUAAAAGUUUAAAGUAUUGGUGGACAAGAACAGGAGAUUUCGCAGACCAGCAACAUACCAAUAGUAUCAAAUAAGGAGGCAUUUGUGUGUUUCACAUCCUCCUUGAGAGUUGUUGUUCAAGAUGAAAGGCUUCAGACAGAGGGUUGUAAGUCAUUUUGAUACUUAAUACUCUCCAUAUAGCGUCCGUAUCAUUUUGAAAGUGAUCAUCUGCUAACCCCAUCAGCAUGAGCAGCUUUCGCGCACAAAAGAUCCCAACAAAUCAAAAUCUAAGAAAGGGGAGUCAAAAGAUGGCACAUCAUCACCUUCACAAUCCAAUUCGCGGGAAGCGGGACAAUCGCCUGCCGUAACACCCUCAUCUUCGAGUACAACACUUAAUGACUUGCGAAAUAAACCACUGCCGCCAAAUGAUGGUACUUCUUCAGCUGGUCCUACUGCGCAACCACCUUUGAAUACAGCUCUUAACACAAUUUCUGCUCCGGAUCGAUUCAAUACUGGAGGAGGUUCACCCGGUCCUGCGACACCAAAUCGUCAUGGAGCACUUCCUCCAAGCGUUGUUAUCAGUCCAAGUGCACCAGUAAGUCACGCCAGAUGCCAUGAUUUUUUUCGUUGUACUAACAUCUUCACUUUAGCAUAUCCCUCCCCCAGGUGCCGCAGAAACAAUGCCCCACGAUCUUGCCCCUCCCAAGGCUGGUGCGAAGUCGAUGAUGUUCGACCGGUUACAGACAACCCCAAAGGACGUCCCAGAAGGUAUCCGAACACCGAAGCGACAGCACUCUUCGAGAUUUGAUAUUUCCCCCCUCCGCGAAUUAGAAAAACUGCCAGGUUUCCACGAGGUACCACCCAAUCGCCGCCAAGAUCUCUUUAUGCAAAAGAUCGACCAAUGUAAUGUCAUUUUUGAUUUCAACGAUGCAAGUGCGGACAUGAAGUCCAAGGAAAUCAAAAGGCUAGCUCUUCAUGAACUUCUUGAUUACGUCGCCAACAACAGACAAGUCAUCACCGAGGCUAUGUACCCAAAAGUCGUUGAAAUGUUUAGCAAGAAUCUCUUCCGUCCCAUACCGCCUCCUAUGAAUCCUCAGGGCGAAGCAUUCGACCCCGAGGAAGACGAACCGGUUCUGGAAGUUGCGUGGCCGCAUAUUCAGGUUGUAUAUGAAUUCUUCCUGAGAUUUAUCGAGAGUCAAGACUUCAAUACCAAUAUUGCGAAGGCAUACAUAGACCACAGUUUUGUCUUACAGUUACUUGAGCUCUUUGAUUCUGAAGACCCGCGUGAGCGAGACUUCCUAAAGACAACCCUUCAUAGGAUAUAUGGAAAGUUUCUCAACCUACGCUCAUACAUUAGAAGAUCUAUCAACAACGUAUUCUUCCAGUUUGUUUAUGAGACCGAACGUUUCAACGGCAUUGCUGAGCUACUGGAGAUACUUGGCUCAAUCAUCAAUGGUUUUGCUCUACCACUGAAGGAGGAGCACAAAUUGUUUUUGACAAGAGUUUUAAUACCGUUACAUAAAGUCAAGAGUUUAAGCAUGUAUCAUCCUCAACUCGCCUACUGCAUUGUUCAAUUUUUGGAAAAGGAUGCAGCAUUAACGGAAGAGGUAUGCCAAGGGACGAUGGUUGUGAAUUCAAUUUACUAACGAUUUUCAGGUUGUUUUGGGCUUGCUCCGCUAUUGGCCCAAGGUGAACAGCACAAAAGAAGUGAUGUUUCUCAACGAAGUGGAAGAUAUAUUUGAGGUAAUGGACCCAGCAGAAUUCGCUAAAGUUCAGGAGCCUCUUUUCCAUCAACUGGCGAAAUCAGUUGCGAGUCCUCAUUUCCAAGUGGCCGAACGUGCGUUAUACUUCUGGAAUAACGAGUACUUUUGCAAUCUGGUCAGCGACAAUGUUGAGAUUAUCUUACCAAUUAUGUUUGCACCUCUAUACGAGAACUCCAAAGGACAUUGGAACAGGUGAAGAAUCCUCUAUCCGCGAGAAUUAACUACCUCCAGCUAACCCAUUCGAAUUAGAACGAUCCACGGCAUGGUUUACAAUGCAAUGAAGCUAUUCAUGGAGAUUAAUCCCCAACUUUUUGAUGAUUGCUCCCAUGAUUACACUGAGCACCAGAACAAUGCCGAGGCCAGAGAACAAGCUCGAGCAAACAAAUGGAAAGCUAUGGCGGAACAAGCAGGAAGGUCGAAGACGAAUGGAGCCGUCCUACCUACCGGGCCAGCUUCUCCAUCGCGAACGAAAGCAACCCCUUUACGAGGAGAUGAGGUAGAUCCGAUGACAGAGGACAAUCAGAAAAGGCUGGAUUCGUUGAAACUUCAAGAUGGAGAUCGUCGAGAACGGAGACCCACUCACGAUCGACAAAACUCGGUAGGAUCUUCCAGAAGCCAGCGAUGAUUGUUGUUACUACCAAACCGCUUUGUUUCUGUUUUCAUGGUGCUUUCGUGGGGAGUUACGAGUUGUCAUUUAUCCUGAUUAGAAUUGUUGGCUCACGCAUACCUUGUCUUCGUUAUCUUCGUCUCUCGUCUUCGUGCCGUUAUUCUUCUCACCUUCAAGCAUGUUUGUCCUAACCCUACACCUGCGCACCACUCUUUUUUGUUUGGUCUCGUUUAUCGGAGUUCAUUCAUUGACGAAACUCUAUCUCAGAGCAAUAUCAUAUCGGGUCUUGAUUUCGGUUUCGACACAGAUGCAAAACGAUCAGUAAGCGGCAGUUCUACGACAGCGGCCGUCGGACUCGUCUCUUCAUCGACGGUGGCUCAAAAGGAUUUGGAUGGCGAACCGGAAACUAGUGAUCAUUCUUUUAUCGACGAUCAGGCCAGUCUCCUCUCUUGAGUUUACUGGUUUAAUGGGAAUAAAUUAUCGUGUUAUGCAUGGACUCGGAUCAAGUAGUUUUUUCUAGGUUAGGCUUGGUUUGUUAUGGAUGGCUUGGGGAUGGAGUAUGAUGUGUGUGGAUGAAUGGUAUUGACAUGUGGUUGUGGUUCAAGGGGAAGGUGGAUGGUUCUUGGUCUUUGGACGCAGAAGAUGAGUGUUAGGUUAAGGAAAGGGAUAGUAGAAUGGAAUGGGCAAUGCGUGGUGCGUAGCACGUCUAAGGGUGCGUCUGAUAAGCUUUUGAUAGGUAAAAACAAAUUAGUAGAUUUUUUCUUGCGCGGGGAAAUACGCAUGUUAUGCAUGCUUUGGUAUGGUAUGGUAUGUAUGAAUGGAUGGAUGGAUGGAAUUGGAACAUGGCAAAAAAAAACUUACUUUACUUGAGAGCUUGAUGAUGGUGAUGGUGCAGUGGAGUGGAGUGGAGUAGGAGUAGUGCAUACAUAGGUACCUAGGUAGUGCAAAAUUAAAUUCAUUGGUACA